CUAAACUACAAACAUCUCUCGCGCCUUUCGCCCCUUCCUCCGCGCCGCAGGACUCCACCGCCUCGUCGUAGUCUCUACUUUCAAGACUGUCCUCUCCGCUUUUCCCACCGACGUCGCUGACUUCGUUCCUUCGUACCACCACCAGACGUUCAUCGACCGCCAUCCGAUCGAUCUGUAUAUCCUACCUCGUGUACCACAUUCUUUCGCUAUUUGGGGCUGGGUAGUCCCGAACCAGUCUCUAUAACGUGGCCUUGCACCGUAAAUCCCGCAGGCGCCCUUGCGGCGACCGACGACAGCGUCCUUCGUGAUGCGCUGGUUUGAUGGAGGAAGAGGAGCCAUAGCAGCGGGCCUGCUCUCCAUCCUUGCCGGCAACACUGUUGCAGCGCCGGACCUGACAACGAAGCAUGAGCCUGGGCGCUGCGCAAUACGCGGUCAUUGCGGCUCCCAAGGUUUCUUCUCGCCCCAGUUGCCGUGCCCUGACAAUGGACUCGCUGAGAGCCCGGAUACCGAGGUGAGGAAGAAGCUGGUUGACAUCUGCGGCGACCAAUGGUCAGACACAGAUGUCUGCUGCGAAGAAGAACAACUCGACGCGCUUAAGACAAACCUCGACCGUGCCGCGCCGAUCAUCAGCGCUUGUCCCGCAUGCAAAGCCAACUUCUUCAACCUGUUCUGCACAUUCACCUGCUCGCCAGACCAAUCCUUGUUCAUAAAUGUCACCCAAACCGCGAAGAAGGGAGACAAAUAUCUCGUUACCGAACUGGAUCACCUUGUCUCCAUUGACUAUGCGUCGACAUUCUAUGACAGCUGUAAAGACGUAAAAUUUGGAGCUACGAACGGCAAAGCUAUGGAUUUCAUAGGCGGUGGUGCUCAGAACUAUACGCAGUUCCUCAAGUUUCUCGGGGACAAGAAGUUCCUUGGUAGCCCGUUCCAGAUGAAUUUUCCCUCGCCAAACGAGGAGAAAUUCCCAGGUCUUGAACCAAUGCACAAGGUUGCACACCCGUGCAACAGUACCGACGAGAGAUACAGAUGCGCUUGUCUGGACUGUGGCGGGUCGUGCGCCGAAUUGCCCGAAGUGACAGAGGUCAAGCAGUGCCAUGUGGGAGUGCUUCCCUGCCUGUCAUUCGCAGUCAUCCUUAUCUACUCGGUAUUUCUCGGACUGCUUUGCAUUGCCGUGGCUGGACAUGUCGCCUAUCAAAAGCAUUCCAAGCACAAGAACGAACGCCUCCGUCUCCUCCAGGAUCUCGAACCGAGUGAUGACGAGGACGAGGGCGAUAUCGUUCACAACGUAUCCAUGCUAGAUCGGCCGACGAAACAUUACUUUGUUAAUACCUGGUGCGAUCGCAUGUUCAGCCGACUUGGAUAUGUUUGUGCCAGAUUUCCCGCUAUUACCAUCGCGACGAGCGUCUUGAUCGUGGGCCUGAUGAGCUUGGGUUGGUUGCGGUUCACUGUUGAGCGAGACCCAGUAAAGCUCUGGGUGGCUCCAGAUUCGCCUGCCGCCCAAGAGAAAAACUUCUUCGACGAAAAGUUCGGGCCAUUUUUCCGCGCAGAGCAAGCUUUUCUAGUUAACGACACUGGCGAACAUCCUGGUCCCGUCCUGAGCUACGAGACACUCGGCUGGUGGUUCGACGUUGAGAGCCGAAUCCAGCGACUGAAAUCGCUCGACAGUGGAGUAACAUUGGACCGGGUCUGCUUCAAACCGGUUGGCGACGAUUGCGUUGUGCAAUCUGUGACUGGUUAUUUCCAGGGCAACUUUGCUAAUGUCGACCCGAAAAACUGGCAAGACACGUUGUUGGGCUGCGUUGACAAUCCAUCGUCUUGCCUUCCACCAUUUCAGCAGCCCUUGGAUCCCCACCUCUUGUUUGGCGGCAUUAAGAACAAUGUACUGGAUGCGGAGACGCUCAUCGUCACUUGGGUCGUCAAUAACCACCCGGAAGGCACGCCGGAAGUACAGCGGGCCAUGGACUGGGAAGAUAGCAUGAAGAAUCUAUUGCUCAUGGUACAAGACGAAGCUCGGGACCGUGGCUUGAGGCUAAGCUUCAACACGGAAGUCAGUCUCGAACAGGAGCUAAACAAGAGUACAAACACGGAUGCUAAGAUUGUAGUACUCAGCUACAUCAUCAUGUUCCUCUAUGCGUCGCUCGCCCUGGGCUCCACAACCGUAACAGUCCGGACUUUCCUCCGCAACCCCGCCAACGCACUCGUCCAAUCCAAGUUCAUGCUCGGCAUCGUCGGAAUUCUUAUUGUACUUAUGUCUGUUUCCGCCUCGGUGGGUCUCUUCUCAGCCGCCGGCAUCAAGGUCACCCUCAUCAUCGCUGAGGUCAUACCCUUCUUUGUUCUGGCUGUCGGUGUUGACAACAUCUUUCUCAUCGUACAUGAGUUCGAGCGUAUCAAUGUUAGUCACCCCGAGGCCACGAUCCCAGAACGAGUUGCUAGAGCUCUCGGCCGGAUGGGGCCCUCCAUCCUGCUCUCUGCUAUCACUGAGACCGUUGCUUUCUCAUUGGGAUGUGCCGUGGGCAUGCCGGCUGUACGCAAUUUCGCUGCAUAUGCGGCUGGUGCUGUCUUCAUCAACGCUGUCCUUCAGGUCACAAUGUUCACUGCCGUUCUUGCGCUAAAUCAGCAGCGAGUCGAGGCAAACCGCGCAGACUGUUUCCCGUGCGCAAUUGUUCGAAGGGCGGACCCCGGGUACCUCAACGGCGGCAUUGGACAUGGCGCUAGCGAGGAAGGUGGAUUGCAGCGAUUCAUCCGCAAGACUUAUGCGCCAACCAUUCUUGGGAAGAAAACCAAGGUGGGUAUCAUUGCCGCAUUCGUUGGUAUUUUCACCGCUUCUGUCGCUUUGUUUCCCAAGGUCGAACUAGGUCUGGACCAAAGGAUUGCGAUACCAAGCGACUCCUAUCUCAUCCCCUACUUUAACGAUCUUUAUGACUAUCUCGACGCAGGUCCUCCAGUGUACUUCGUCACCAAGGAGCUGAAUGCCACCCAACGACAAGAGCAGAAGGCAUUAUGCGGUCGCUUCUCUACAUGCGACCAAGAGAGUUUGGCCAACAUCAUCGAGGCUGAACGGAAGCGUCCAGAAAUUUCAUAUCUCUCUGCAUCUGCUGCCAAUUGGCUUGACGACUUCUUUCUCUGGCUCAAUCCUGAGAACUCCAAAUGCUGUGUAGAUGACAACGGCAAGCCUUGCUUCGAGAACCGCCACCCGGCUUGGAAUAUCACCUUGGCUGGCAUGCCUGAAGGCAUGGAGUUUAUCAACUAUCUCAGUCGCUGGAUUGAAGCUCCGACGACGGAAGACUGCCCUCUUGGCGGGGCGGCUGCAUACUCCAACUCCCUCAUCAUUGACAGCGAUCAUCUAACCAUACCUGCAUCGCAUUUCCGCACAUCGCAUACGCCUCUCCGAUCCCAGAACGAUUUUAUUGCCGCCUACAAGGCCGCUCGUCGCAUUGCCCACGAGAUUAAGAAGGAUGUCGGUACCGAAGUGUUCCCCUACUCCAAGUUCUACAUCUUCUUCGACCAGUACACCAGCAUCAUCCGGCUGGCAGGAGCCCUCAUCGGCUCAGCAUUUGCGGCCACUCUUCUUGUCACGGCAGUCCUCCUUGGCUCCGUGAUGACUGCUAUUGUCGUCACUCUUGUAGUCGCGAUGACCGUCGCCGCCAUCAUCGGAUCCAUGGCUAUCUUGGGUGUAUCCCUCAACGCAGUUUCACUCGUCAAUCUCAUCAUAUGCGUCGGCAUUAGCGUCGAGUUCACCGCCCACAUUGCCCGCGCCUUUACCUUCCCUAGCCCCGCCACCAUGGAACGUGCCCCGAGACACAAGUUCCGUGGCCGUGACGCUCGCGCUUGGACUGCUCUCGUCAAUGUUGCGAGUUCCGUCAUUUCGGGCAUCACAAUCACCAAGAUUCUAGGCGUGGCUGUUCUAGCGUGGACGAGGAGUAAGAUUUUCGACAUCUACUACUUCCGUGUUUGGGUGGCGCUAGUCGUGUGGGCUUCCACCCACGCUCUGAUCUUACUACCCGUACUGCUCAGCUUGGUUGGUGGUAACGGUUACGUGGAUCCGGAGAGCGACGGCGGGCUGGAGCAGGAUCUGAGGAAUAGACAGUAUCCUGCGCUUCUGGGAGACGACGAUGAAGAUGACGAUGACUAUGACCAUUUUGGAAGGGGGUGAUGUAUAGGUAGUGCUAGUUCGGCUUCAAUGUAAUAUUUUCCAUGCUUGGAA